AGAAACCCUGUUUCUCUAAAAGGGAAGAAGCGGACCUCGGGACUUUACCUCGCCGCCAUUUUCUAACCCGGGGUGAAAAAAGGAAACCAAGUGAACAUCACCGGGGUCAGUAUUCCUCCCUAAUUCGGACCACCAUCACCACAGCGGGUCAGCAUCGUGCACUCAACGUUACAUCCGCAUGAUGUCUGCAGAUUUGGCCACAGAUCACGUGAACGGGAACGGCACCGAGGAGCCCAUGGAAACCAUGGCAACCGUGACCCGCUCCGAACAUUUCCAGGCUCUGCUGGACUCCGGCUUGUCGCAGAACGUAGCUGAGAAGCUGGACGAGCUUUAUGUAGCAGGCCUGGUGGCUCACAGUGACCUGGACGAGCGCGCCCUGGAGGCUCUGAAGGAGUUCAACGAAGACGGGGCGCUGCAGGUUCUGGUCCAGUUCAAGGAGAGCGACCUAUCCCACGUCCAGAAUAAAAGUGCCUUCCUGUGCGGGGUGAUGAAGACGUACCGGCAGCGGGAGAAGCAGGGCACCAAAGUGUCUCCAGCCUCCAAAGGUCCAGACGAGGUGCGGAUCCGGGAGCUGCUGGACAGAACCGGCUACACGCUGGACGUCACCACGGGCCAGAGGAAGUACGGCGGCCCGCCGCCAGACGCCGUCUACGCCGGGCCGCAGCCCACAGUGGGAACCGAGAUCUUCGUGGGGAAGAUUCCCCGCGAUCUGUUUGAAGACGAGCUGGUUCCUCUCUUCGAGAAGGCCGGGCCCAUCUGGGACCUGCGGCUGAUGAUGGACCCGCUCAGCAGCCUGAACCGCGGCUACGCCUUCGUCACUUUCUGCGCCAAAGAGUCCGCCCAGGAGGCGGUCAAGCUGUGCAAUAACUUCGAGAUCCGGCCCGGCAAACACAUCGGCGUCUGCAUAUCUGUGGCCAACAACAGGCUGUUUGUCGGUUCCAUACCCAAGAGCAAAACCAAGGAGCAGAUCGUGGAGGAGUUUUCUAAGGUUACAGAGGGUCUCAGUGAUGUCAUCCUCUACCACCAACCCGACGACAAGAAGAAGAACCGCGGUUUCUGCUUCCUGGAGUACGAAGACCACAAAACGGCGGCGCAGGCCCGGCGCCGGCUCAUGAGCGGAAAGGUCAAGGUCUGGGGCAACCUGGUGACGGUGGAGUGGGCCGACCCCAUCGAGGACCCCGACCCGGAAGUUAUGGCCAAGGUGAAGGUCCUGUUUGUGAGGAACUUGGCCAACGGCGUCACAGAGGAGAUCCUGGAGAAAUCCUUCAGCCAGUUUGGGAAGCUGGAGCGAGUGAAGAAGCUCAAAGACUACGCCUUCGUCCACUUCGAAGAGCGGGACGGAGCCGUGAAGGCGCUGGAGGAGCUGAACGGGACGGAGCUGGAGGGAGAGCCCAUCGAAAUAGUUUUUGCCAAACCGCCUGAUCAGAAAAGGAAGGAGAGGAAAGCCCAGAGACAAGCUGCCAAGUCCCAAAUGUAUGAUGAUUAUUACUACUACUCGCCGCAGCCCCACAUGCCCCUCCCCUCCAGGGGGCGGGGCCGCGGUGGCCGGGGGGGCUACGGCUUCCCCCAGGACUACUACAGCUACGAGGAUUACUACGACUACUACGGCUACGACUACCACAACUACCGCGGCGGCUACGACGACCCCUACUACGGCUAUGACGACUUCCAGGCCCCGGGCCGGGGGCGGGGCAGCGGCAGGGGCCCGAGGGGUGGAGCCUCGCCGGUCAGAGGUCGCGGCGGCGCCGGGGCUCCCCGAGGCCGGGCCGGCUUCUCGCAGCGCGGCGUCGGGCCCGGGCCGGGCCGCGGCGGGCGCGGACCAAGAGGAGGCGUGGCGGCGGCGCGCGGGCGCGGCGGGGUACGUGGUGCGCGGGGCGGCCGCGGUGGAAAUGUGGGAGGAAAGCGGAAAGCUGACGGCUACAGCCAGCCAGAUUCCAAGCGCCGCCAGACCAAUAGUCAGAACUGGGGCUCCCAACCCAUUGCUCAGCAGCCGCUCCACUGCGGGGACCAUGCUGCAGGAAAAAGGGCCGGAGGUCGCCGCCGACGAGUCGCUGUGACCGGGCCGGGCGGCGCCCCCUGCUGGAGGGAACGGUAAGGUCAGCUGACUCAGAGGAACCUCCGGCGCUGGACGGGAUCCUUCUGGACCGAGCUUUGCUGCUAGCUUGGAGUGAACUCUGGUUUUGUUCUGAAGACGGACUCGAUGAUCUGGGAUCAGCGCCGAGCCGUUCCAGCCGACCGCUAACUACCUCAGAGGACCCAGAGUCCGGGCCGGACGGCGCCGGAGGUUCGCCCCGGCCCAGGCCGUCCUCAGGCCUCCGGUUCUGACCCAGAGGAGGGGACCCGACGGACCCCUUGCGUGGAGUCCAUCAUCAGGCGCCAAGCAGAAGUUAGUCAAACAUGUUUAUCAGAACCGCCUCGAAUGGACCCGACCUCCAUCAGAGCAGCGCAAAACUAAAAUAUUUAGCAAAUUUGGCUUAAAAUCAGCGACUGAAAGUUCUGCUUUCUCCCAGAAGGAGAUAAAUGACCCCGACAUAGUGGCUGGUUUCAUUUACACCAGAAUAAAUUCAUAAUAAAAGUAGAAAAUGUUGGAGCUAAGAGCGCUAAACGUUUUCAAAGUUAGCUAAAGCUAAGAGCUAGCUCCGCUUUUAGCAUCGUGUACUUAUUCAACGUGCUUAAAAAGCUAAUUAUCUGACAUUGUUAUAUUUUUCACGUAAAUCUAAAAUAAAUUUACCAAGUGAAUUAUUUUUAAAUCCGUUUCCUCGGAUCAGAAACUAAUCAGAUUUAAACGGAUUUUUACAAAAAUCACUGAAAAGCUCCAUUUUCCGGUUUUUAUUUCUCACCCUGAACGCCUCGUUAUCCCAGCUCUAGAACCGGACCGGUGGUCAGAACCGGGUUCUGGUUCCUGAUGAUCCGGCUCCACUCUGCCGGUCGCUGGUUCCCCAGCUGAGGACGGGGUUGCCAUGGCAACAUAUUGAGCUACAGCCCGAAGGUCGUCGGGUUCAUUCGGUUCUGUUCCGGAACGGUCACGACCCGCCCCACACUCCCUCUGCAGACCCGGUUCCGGUCCAGAGCCAGGACCGUUUGGGUCAGAAAGCUGGCCUGGCUUCCUUUGGUGGCUCAGAGGUGAAAGGCAUUGUGGGAGAUGUAGUCGAGCACAGGAUCGUGUUGCUGCUUUUCUGCCAUUAAACAGAAUCUGGAUCGAGGUUCUGGUCGGAUUCUGAGAUGAUGAGCUGCUUUCAGAGAGUUAUCUGAGUGUGUGUGUUUCUGAGUGAGUGUGUGUGUGUGUGUGUGUGCGCGCUCCUGCAGAUUAAAUGUUUUCUACUG